AUGGCGGCGCCCGUUGAAUCGGAGCGGGAUUUGAAGGGCAGAUUUGUUUCGACUAAAAAAAAGGCUACUGUUGAUAAAAAGAAGAAGUGUUCUUUGAAAUCCGAUCACAGCUAUUGUGACGAACCUGUCGGAGUCGAUGACAAGCCCGAUUCUACACGAGAUGGCUGGAAACAGGGCCGGCGAAUCAUUGAACUUGACGUGUUGUUAUCCCUCUUGAAGUUUUGUAAACAGUGCAGAUUGGGGCCAGUACCUCUAACUUAUGAUAGAAUUUUCGGUGAACUUCAAAAGGGUUGGGGAUAUUUAUAUGUGAAAUGCCAGAACCAUGACUGCGGAUAUAUUAACCGUGUGCCGUAUGGAGGAACCCAUAGAGUAAACACCACUGGGGCUCCGUGUUUCACGAUCAACACCAAACUCGGGGUUGCAAUGAUAGACAGUCUUGAUGGUCCUGAUAGAGUGAACAAUUUUCUGUCAACGUUGAAUAUAAAGCCUAUCAGCAAUCCAAACUUUAAGAAAAUUGAGAGAAGGGCAGGGGGUUUCAUCGAACAAGUUGCAAAGACAUCAACGGAGAAAGCAGCUAAUGAUGCUUUUCAAAUGGAAAUGGAAUAUAUUGCUAAUGAGGAAUCUACCUGUACAUUGGCUCAAAGUGAUGUUACUACCGCUGAUGACUUCCUUGAGGAUUUGGGUACAUGGGUGUUGGCAGAUGCAUCCCCAAGUGUUAUACAAAAUAUCAAACACAUGAAAGAAAUGGCCCCCUGUAUACUGGACACACCUGAACCAGUAACAGCAUCUAAACAAAAUGCAGCUACAACUUCUUCCCAUUAUGAUACUACGAGUCAACACAUCUUGAACAGGAUUGCCCAAACCACAUGUACAACUCGAAGGAAGCUUCUUGGUCAUUUCCCAUGCAAAACAAGGAAAGGAAUGACAUGCAGUGCAGAUACAGCCUGGCACAAACGUGGAUUUGACAGUCUGACAUCACACACAUUUUUCAUGAGCAAGGCGGAUUACGGAAAAAAAGUUGUGAAGGCCAUAGUUUUACAUCGUACUUGUUCAGUUUGUAAAUGGUGGAAACGGAAUCGUCCAGGUGUAAAAGUGAGAGAUCAUCGCUGUGUGCAUAAUCAUUCCGGAAGUGCUCGCUCGAUGGAAAGUGCAGCAGGUGUGCAGGGCAUCCAACAAAUGUCUAAAGACGGGACACCAGUGGAAGUAUUGGAAGGUCAUGGGGACAAUACCUUGAUCUCUAAGCUCAGAAGUGACCAUGGAAUCAAUAUGAAAAAACGUCUGCACAAGAAUCAUGUGAUAAAGAAUAUUGGCAAGAGCUUGUAUGCUCUACAUCAUGAAAAAGGUGGAAAACUUAGCAAAAAUGUCAUUAUUCACAUACAAAAAAAAUACUGUUUUGCUAAAAAUCAAGGAAAACCGGAUGAUCUGUGUGAUAACCUUACAGCUCUAAUUCCUCAUCAGUUUGGUGAUCAUUCCAAGUGUAAGCCAGUCUUCUGUGGAUUUCUUAGAAAACCUAAUGAGACUUACCAUCAUAGAAGUCAGCCGUACAAGUCAGCACUUAAGGACAGUGCCCUACGUCAUCGUCUGGAAUUACUGUUUGAACCCAUUAUUGAUCGAUCAGUUCAAUACUCUGAUCUGGGAUCUUCACAGCAAUGUGAGCACGCAAAUAAAGAGGUGACACUUAGGGCUCCUAAAUCACACCAGUAUGGUGCUUCAGACUCACUGGACUUUCGUGUGCAAGCCACCUCAGCUUUCAUCAAUGACGGCAGGAAUUACAUAGCUCAGAGUUUGUUGUUCAAUUUGAUGUUCAACCAAGCUUGUAGAUCUCGGGCAGUCUACAAUUCAAGGUAA